AUGUACGAAGUCAAGCCGAAGGUUGUUGAGGCUCUCAAGCGCAACCAAGUGGUUAUCAUGACGGCAGAUACAGGGUCCGGCAAGAGUACACAAUUACCGCAGAUUAUAUUGGACAAUGUUCUACCCCCUGGUGAAACCCGCCGAAUCGCAGUCCUCGAGCCACGACGGCUGAAUGCCAUAUCGCUGUCACGUCGCGUCGCGGAAGAGCGUGGCCUUCCACCAGGACAUGAAGUUGGCUACACGAUUGGCCGAGGUGAGAGCAAUGUCACGAGUACGACAAGAAUCGAGUUCAUGACGCAUGGGCUCUUCGUACAAAUUGCACGAAACUGCGACCAGCUGCUCUCCAAAUACUGCGCGGCGGUAGUUGACGAGGCCCAUGAACGCUCCGUUGACGUGGAUUUAUCCCUUGCGCUUCUCAAGCGCGCGCUG